AUGACAAGGCUGGUUCAUUUGACUAUUGUUGUUUAUGACAUGUACAAUGAUAUAAUAGAUGGCUUUGCAUGGGAACGAAUAUUAACUAAUAUAAUCACAUUCAAAACACCGUUUUGGCUCGACAACAAACAUUGGUAUGUUAAAUAUGAUCGUUGUACUGUUAGCGGAUUUUCGUUACUUUAUUCAAUUCCUUAUUUUAACAAUACAUAUCCAUGGGUACAUAUAAAAGGCCCUAUCACAACAAAAUCAACCGGACCAGAUGUACUUUCACUUUCUAAUAUUAAUCAUUUAAACGUCAAUUGCGAGUCUCCGAUAGAUACUGAAAUUCUAUGUCGAUUUACAAAUCCUCAGCGAUUAGAAGUUCACUAUACUGAAAAAAGUUUUUAUUUAUUGAUUCACGAUAUUGUUCCAGAUAUUGACAUAUCAAAGAUUACUACAUUUCUUAUCGAUUCAUGUCGUUCAACGCUGGACGCAGAUGUUUUCGUUAGAUUAUUAUCCAGCAUGUCUCAACUACGCUCUUUUGGUGCUCCAAUUGCUUUUCUUAAAUUAUGCUUUGUCUAUCGCUGGCCGCAUAUCAGUCGAUUAAGAAUACUGGAUAGCUUCCCAUCUGCGGAGGCCACGGAGAAACAAUUAACAUUAGAUGAUAUCAAUGCGUUUUAUCACUCAUUUUAUCAUAUAGAAUAUGUUAGUUUUUCUCAUGACACUGACUUAAAUCUAGCCAAAUUUAUAAACAAUAUGCCACCCACAAUAUUUACUAUAGUAAUUUAUCAUCCUAUUAACGUAACGGCUGCUACUUCUGGUGGAUUUAUUACGCGUAAUUGGCUUGAGUAA